AUGUUCGUCCGAUGGGACAGCCGUCGGCCCAAUCACGAUCAGCCUCACCUCCGAAUACUCCUUCCUCUUCUACAUCUCCCCAAGGUCAUGUCUUCACAAGAUAUUGUUCACGGCUAUAGACACCUAUAUCGCCACGGUUUGCGGGCAGUUCAGUUUUCUAAACCUGCGCGUUACGUAUUGCGAGACCGCCUCCGCCUUGCCUUCCGCAAACCAACACAGAAGAACGAGUACAACCCGCAAAGAAUACAGAAUACGAUAGAAUUUCUACAAUACGCAACAACUCAUAGUGGUCUCGAACACAAAGUCCUAAAAAAUCUCCUCCAAGUAUGGCGGUGCCAGGCCUUGGGUGGCAAGGCAAAGCCGACCGGCAAAACUCCUAUUAGGGAUGAGCUACGCAUCAACUCUACCGCCUACGACGCCUUUAACCAUCACAUUGAUUUGCUCAACGAGAGCAUGGAGAUGUGCAUUCCAGCGACGACCGUCCGAGACCCGAGGUUCUGAGUACAAUUCUAUCUGCUAGAGCGAACCGGUUCACAGCUGCGGCUCGGGUCCUUACCGUGCCCAUAAAAGUUCUGAUACAAUGUUUGUGAGGGGGAUUGCUGCAUUCAAUCCACUGCUCUUUCAAUGUACACGCUCGACCGAUCACCG